CUUUGAAAUUUGCGGUUAACGGUCACGGGGUCGGGGCGGCUUAGCUAAGCGGACUCAUGAGCGGCAGUCGGUUCCGACUUGACUUGCAACUACCAGCCCCGCUUGCUGAACCUUGACGAUACAGAUGGCACCUCCGACCACUCGACGACGACCGCCGGCGGGUCGUACAGUACAGCCCUCUCCUACGAAACGACGACGAACUGCAACCCCCGGACGUCAGGCGACGCCACAUGAUGCAGGCGAUAUCAUUCCAGUGCAGAAGCCCAGAGAACGAGGAAAGCUGAAGCAGAUACCCGAAAUGCCGAUAGAUAUUCUGUUUGAGGUAUUCUCUCACCUCGAUGCCCUCGACAUCAUGCGCCUGUCAAGAACUACGAAAGCGUUGAGGCGUCUUCUAAUGCACCGGUCAGCAAUAUCGAUCUGGAAGGCUGCCUUGUCUCGCGAUACCCUGCCUCCCUUGCCGGUCGAUCUUAAUGAACCACAAUACGUCAACUUGGCCUUUUCUGAACACUGUCAUAACUGCUUAGCCUCAGGAAAACAUAUCAUUCUAUGGACUUUCAGAACUAGGUUAUGCCCAAAUUGUCUUACGAAAGAUUUCGUAUACUCUAAUGUGCUAGGUCAAUUUGGACCUUCCAUUCCCUUACAGCACCUCCGGAUAAGCCCAGACAUUCUACGCAAUGAUCGGACGGAUUUUACUUACAUAUUAAAUCGUGAGGAAGUCCGAGCUCUUGCAGGGGAUCCUGAGUUGGCAGAGGCGCCACUCGGGUUCCUUGCACCCUUGGGGGCAGGUUUCGGACAAGUCCAUGAGGUCGUGCAACAAAGAAUUGAUUCCAAUGAACCGACACGUCAGUUUGCAGAACAGUGCAGAAAAGCUGAAGCACUGCGCGCGGAAAGGAUAAGGUUAGCAGAAGAAGCAGCUCGUGCUGAACGAACGCAGAAGAUUUUUGAACGACUGUAUGAUCUUGGUUACAAGGAUGAGGUAGCAUAUUUAGAGGACGACGGUAAAAUACUCAGCAAUCAUACCCUCCUCAGGACACACAAGGAAUUAACAGAACGCUCAUGGGGUGCGAUGUUACCCACUCUUCUCAAUCUACUAGAAGACGCUCGCGGGAAGGUACUCAAGAAGAAACGCAAAACUAUAUACAAAACCAGAUUAAACAUCGUCUCCAACCUCGUCAAAGCCCAUGCUGCCGAAAACCCCGACAAGAUAACACCAAGCGCCGCGGACAUCUGUGUGAUACCCAAGAUUAAAGCCAUCCUCGAGAACAACGACGUUGAAAUCUACGAGAAGGAAGAAGACUUUUCCGACCUUAAAGCCGAGCUCCCGAAGAUUUCUAGAGAAUGGCGACGAUCAAAAGGGAUGUACUCGCUAUCUCUUAUGCCUGGGAACAAACACGACAUCUCGCGACUCUCUCUUGCGACAACGUUCUUCAAAUGUCAUCAAUGUACAGAACCGAUAUCGUAUCCCCGGGUGCUUGCACAUAAAUGUAUGACUGCUCUAAGGCACGGAUAUCGUAAUCGGUCAGACGAUUUGGUGCUACUGUGCAAGGGCCUACAAGCAGAACCGUGGAACUUUGAUCGCAAUGGCGUUGAGUGCUAUGAACUUGCAGGCGGUUGCGCCGUCGACGUCGUUCGAGCCUCUGGACUGAGAGCUGAGAAAGCUACCGUGGAGGAUAUGGAACGCGCGGAUGUAUGGUUAGAAUGUAUGAAUUGCCGUGCUCCGGAGAGAGGGAGUGUUGUCUUUCAGUGGCGUCAGGCGAUCUUGCAUGGACUUCAGCACGCUGAACGUGACACUGUGGCGGUCUGGCGCGCACUAGUGAAUGACAGGGACAUCUAUGCGGCGAGGAACGAAGAGAUUAUCAAGACCAAGGCACAUACUUAUGGCUCUGAUGAUUAUACCUGCCGUCGAUGUGAUGAAAAGGUGAACCGGUCUCGGAUGAGAAGCCACUGCCAGGAGAGGCACGGAAUAACGAACCCGACCAAAGACGAUUUCACGCUCGACGUGGAUGCCUCUAUGAGCCAACAACCGUUUCCCAUCCUAAUUCCGCUGGUGGGAUCAGCAGAACCAGAGGUUAUUGACCUUUUGGAUCCUGAUCCUAUCGUCAUUUCGGAUUCGGAGGACGUCGAGCCAGAGUGUAUCGAGAUUAUGGAUGAUGACGAUGAACCGCAAGAAGCUGGUAAGAGCAGUGUGGGUACGGAGUUGUGCGAUAAAGGUGAAGAACCGACAUUGAUCAUAGAUGACGGCUAAAGGAAUAAAAUUUCCUACACGAUGGAUGUUCUUACACUACUGUAUUCUCCAAAUACUGUUUUGCUUAUCUUCUAUGGU